GGAGGGACGGAGGCCCCCGGCCCGUCCUGUCCUGUCCUGUCCUGCCCGGUCCGGCGCGAUGUGAAGGCCGGCCAGCUGGUCCUCCGGUCCUCAAUGGUGUCUUCGCCACCUGGUUACCAUGACGCCGAGCCCAGGUACGUGGGGAUGAAGAGGGAGACGGGUCCCCCCUCCCGCCGCCGAGCUGGAGACCGGUCCUCAGACAGCCCUUCCUCCCUCCCUCCAUUUGGCUCCCACGUCUUUUUCCCGGCCUGGAGCCCGGCUCUCCCCGAGAUGCCCGAGCCCGGCUCCCGGGUGGGCGCCCCGGCCCCUCCCCGGCCUGCCCCGGGCGGCCCCCAUCCCCACCAGCAGCGGGUGUGACAGCCCCGGAGCGUGACCCGAGCGGACCCGGAGCCGCCGGCUCAAGGCUGGUGUGACAUCAUGGGGAGCUGCUGCAGCUGCCUGGACAAAGAUGGCAUCCCAGAUGACCACCCUACCAAGUUCAAGGUGUCGAACGUGGACGACGCGGGCACGGAGCUGGGCACCGGGGUCAUGGAGUUGACUCGCCAGGAGCUGGUGCUGCACAUGCCCGGGCGCGAAGCUGUCCGCUGGCCUUACCUCUGCCUGCGCCGCUACGGCUACGAUGCCAGCCUCUUCUCCUUCGAGAGCGGACGCCGCUGCCAGACCGGCCAGGGGAUUUUUGCUUUCAAGUGCUCCCGGGCAGAGGAGAUCUUCAAUCUGCUGCAGGAACUCAUGCAGUGUAACAGCAUCAAUGUGAUGGAAGAGCCGGUAAUCCUUCCCAGGACCAGCCACCCGGCCCAGCUGCACCUGCCCCUCCCCCGGGCCUCCCACGGUCCCAGCGCUCUGGGCUACACCGUGCACAGCUGCUUCCCCGGCGGCUUCCCGAGGCUCCCCGGGGACGGGCCCCCCUACUCGGCCCCCCGGCCCCCGUCGGCGGGCAGCCUGCGCCACUCGUCGCUCGGGGAGGAGUCCACGCAUGCCCUCAUAGGGCCCGAGGAGCAGUUGCACACCUACAUCAAUGCACCCGGCGGCGAGGAGGGCGCGAAGAGCCAUCUGGGGGUGCCCGUGGGCACGACGCUCUUCUCCCCGCUGCGGCCCGGCACCCCCCUGGAGGAGCGGGGCCCCCAGGUCUUCCUGCAGCCGGGUCAGGUGAAGUUCGUGCUGGGUCCGACGCCCCCCUACCGGUCCGUGGAGCGCUGCGGGAGCUUCUGCGGGGCGGCCCCCGCCUGUCCCGACCCGCGAGACCCCCACCCCCUGUACACCAACGACGACGAGGAUGAGGACGUCGAGGACGAGUGCCCGGCCGGGUCCGGCUGGGCUUACGAGAACGUGACCGGGCCCCCGGGGCGCGGGGCCGGCUGGAGGCUGAGCCAGGAGGAGCUGAGCUGGGCCGGGAGCCAGCGCCGGGCCCCGCUGCUCCACUACGAGAACCUGCCCGCACUGCCGCCCGUCUGGGAGCGCCCGGCCCUCUGGCCGGGCCCUGGUGCCGGGGAGGGGUGGACCCCGGCCCUGAACGGCUGCCCCCCCGGAGCUGGGGGCCAAGACCCCCUGCGGAACUAUGUGAACAACCCCUGUGCCCGGGACCGGGCCUGGGAGCGGGACGCCGGCCUGCCCUCGCCCUGCCUGCCCUCGCCCCGCCCGCUCUCGCCCUGCCAACCCUCGCCCCGCCCGCUCUCGCCCCGCCAGCCCGCCCCGGCCCGCGUCUUUAGCUUCGACUUGCGUGGGGCGGGCCCCGGCCAGCCUCGCCAGCUCAAUUACGUCCAAGUGGAGCUGAAGGGCCGGGGCGGCGAUGCCCCCAGAGCUGGGCUCCAGAGCCCUGGGGUGCCCUGGGCCCUAGGGCCCGCCCCCACUGCCCCCACCCCCGCCCGCAGGGUGGACUCCUAUGCCGUGAUCGACCUCAAAAAGACUGCGGCCAUGUCCAGCUUGCAGAGGGCCCUGCCCCGCGAUGACGGCACAGCCAGGAAGACCCGGCACAACAGCACCGAUCUGCCUCUUUAGGGGGAGCGACCGAGGGCCUCCCCACACCCGGCCAACCCCUGGCCGCUCCUCCUCCUUGCACCUCCUCCUCAUGUUCGCUUCCCCCUCCUCCUCUUCCUCCUCCUCCUCUUUGGUUUCUAUUCUGGUACCGUUUGGCUGCUGCCCCCAAUGUAUGUAUGUGUGUGAGCGAAUAUGUGUGGGGGUGGGGGUGUUUUUCCAUCCCAGGUGUUGGUCACCUCCUUCCCUCCCCCUGACACACACACAGGGUGGGCUGUGCAUCUCCCCUGAGCCCCAGUGGGUUCACCUACAGCCAACGUCUCGGCUGGGUGUUCUCAAGAACCCCCGCCCUGUGCUUUGUGGGGGGUCCCCAGCUCGAGCCCUCAUGGACAGAGUGAGCAGUGGAGAGAGAAAAGCUGGACACCGCCGAGGGUUCAAGCUGGGGGUUGAGCUGCCCCCUGGUCUGUCAGACCAACCGUCCGUCCGUCCGUUCUUCUCGUGUUGGGGGUUUUUUUGUUGCUCUUUGGAAACGUUUUGUAUUUGUUUAUUU